CACUGACUCACAAAGCGGCUGAGAGGGAACAACGUGGUGUCGGGAGGUGAAGGAGACAAGAGCCAAGGAGUAAAUAAGUGACAGGCUCGGCCCUGAUUCAAGUGUGACACUGAAAGAGCUGAAUACAAAGGAGCACGAUUGGGGAGCUUUUUUUCUGUGUUUGGUUUUGCUGCGAGGAGGCAAGCGACUGAGGAUUAUCCGAAUUAACGCUGAACAGGAUUUGCUCUCAUGAUUAACUCAAGCGGUUUUGUUUGUUCCAGACUCAAUGGUGGAGUUGUUUGCAGAGCGGGUUUUGAUAAAGAACAACAAGGAGCAGGACGAGCUGGACACCGAGCGAGAGAUCGUGAUGCGUCUGCAGAACCGGAUCCUGAUGCUGUUCUUCGCCUCGGCGUCAUGUGAACGCUGCCGGCAGUUUGUUCCCAAACUCAAAGACUUCUUCAAACAGUUGACGGAUGAAUUCUACGUGGAUCGCUCCGCACAGCUGGUCCUUCUGUACAUAAGUUUGGACCUCUCUGAGGAUCAACAGGAAAGCUUCCUCAAGGAGUUGCCCAGGAGGUGCCUGUUCUUAGCAUACGAGGACCCCUACAGGAGGGAGCUGAAGGAGCUCUACCACGUCGAAGAGCUGCCCGCGGUGGUGGUCCUGCGUCCAGACUGCUCCAUCCUCAUCCCCAAUGCCGUGGAGGAGAUACUGCGUCUGGGCCCAGACUGCUACAUCAACUGGCAGGAGGCAGCUGAGAUCAUCGACAGGAACUUCAUGAUCACGGACGACUUUCAGGAGAAGUCCAUGCGCAGCUUUAGUGACCCAGUCAGGAGACUCAAGUACAAGGUGGAGGACGAUAAGAAGAAGAGGAAGAAGUGCAGGUUAUUGGGUGGAGGGGGAGAGACAGAGGAAGCUGGAGCUAAAGACGCAGGGUCGCCAUGGUGACGCUGAGAGCACGAUUGAGCAGAGGAGGUGUUUCAUUUUCCCAUUUGUUGCAUCAGAAACUGACAAUGAUGUUGAGGGAGACCCUUGGUCUGACGUGAACUAAAAGGGUGGCCAAUAAAUGAAGUCCAGAAGGCGGGACUCUUCGAAAUGUAGACUUAGUGGCGAGCAACAGAAAUGAUAAUCACAGUGUGAUCUGAAUAUAUGAAAAGAAACCAUUGUUUUUUUUUCAAUAGAUUUUGAGGAAAACAUUUUUAACAAGAAACAACAGGUCAUUUUAUUUAUUUAUUUAUUUUAUCUUCAAGAUAAAAUAAAGAUUAGGAGGCAAAGUGCCAUUUGCUGAUUAAGCAAUGAAAACUAAAUCCCUGAAUAAAAAUUACAAUGAGAAAAUUGAUAUCUUGAUACUAUAAUAUAUCACAUUGUGAUGGUUGUAUUUAAAAAAACAAAAAACGCAGAGAAAUACUGAAUAGGCGGUAUGUAAAGCUCUUGCUGGCCAAAAAAAUGACCCGACCCGGCCGGAUGUGGCCCCCCAGCCUUAAGUUUGACAUGUACUUUAAAGGUUAAAAAGAUACACCAAUUGAUUUAGAAAGAGGUUUCCAGUCACCUACAUGGAAGUCAUGUCUAUUUUGCUUCAUAAUCAUAAACUCAACCGAUCAUGAAUACAAUUCACACAGAACAUCUCUGAAUGGCGUAUGGAGGAUUUUAAGUGCAACAACAAACACUCAUGUAGUGACCCUACUGUAUGAGGGGAAUUUUUUCAAACAUUUCGAUUAUUUUACUUGCGCCUUUUGUUGAAUGAAAGAGUCAUCUACCUUAGUAUCUUAGAGUAUUGAGUAGCGUUGUCAAGCUGUGAAAAAAACACAUAUUUAUGUGCUAUUAAAUCUGUAUCAACGCUCGAAAACAACCAAAGGCUUGAAGAUACCUUCACUCCAGACUAGUAAACUCUGAAAACAUGAUGGUGAAUCUAUAGUACUGCCUUCCCCAAACCCUAGAAAUGACCUCUGCUCUCUCUCGUCGGAAAGCUACCUGUGCAGCCAGGAACUCUGCAGAAGUCGUGCAGAGAUUGGAGCGAUCAGACCAUCUCAAUGCUCAUCAUGAUACAGACUCCACACUGCGCCAACCUGACUGGUUUCUGAAGCCGCCAUCCAGCACGGCGUGAGCUUCUUGAGAACACUUGAUAUCAUGGUGAUGUUCCACUGGAUUCCAGAUGUAUGCUAAUGUGGGCACCAGCGCGGGUCCAGACUUGAGGCUGAAGGGGGCAGAAUGGAAGGCGGAUAGAGGGUGAAAAGUCACAUGUUUACAUGGGUGAGUCUCAUUGUUUGCAAAUGGGACGGAAUAACUGUAGCAAUUGUGCGUCAUCUAUUAACCUC